CUCUGUCACGGAGAUAAAGCCGACCUCGACACCUGACAAUAUCUGGUCAGUCGCUAUUGAAUCUUAAACAGACAAGGUUGUGCUAAAAUUAUUGAAAAAACUUGAAGCUGAAGAUAAUUUAUGUGUGAAUAAGUUAUAAGACACAAUGAGUGCUGGACCCAAGGAUGUAUACGAGUACGAGGAUGCUUUGAAUCUAACAGGUCACGGCAGAUACAAUGUUGGCUUGUUGUUCGCUUGUUUUAUGGUCAUCGUUGCGAUGGGAAUCGACAUUUUUGGACUUGGCAUCAUCGUCACUGCUGCCACAUGUGACCUGGGCAUGAGUUUGAAGGACAUUGGAGUACUAUCUUCUAUGCCGUUUGCAGGGAUAAUUCUGAUGUCGUACCCCUGGGGGUACCUCUCUGAUACUCGUGGGAGGAAACUGGUGCUGAUGUGGGCGAUGAGCGGGAGCUUCAUCAGCGCUGCGCUCAGCAGCCUGGCUCCGAACUGGAAGGUCCUAGCUGCUCUUAGAUUCGUCAGUUCAGCUUUAUCAAGCGCAGCGGAGUCCGCCACAUACGCCCUGCUGGGAGAAUGCUGCAACUACAAAUCCAGAGCCAAGUUCAUGUUGCUGAUGACCAGCGCUCUCAUGUUGACACCGACACUAUAUUAUAUAUGGGGCUACCUAAUAACAAAGCUGGACUUCUCAAUCAGCAUAAUAGGCAUCUCGUAUAGACCAUGGCGUCUCUUGACCCUGGUGAUGUCCUUACCCCUGGGCAUCGGAGCACUGAUGCUGUGGUAUUUCAGCGAAAGCCCCAAGUUUCUGGCCAACGUUGGCAGACAGGACGAAGCUGUGGAAGUGCUGAAGAGAAUGUACGUGCUCAAUGGAGGAGACCCGGAGAAAUUUCCUGUGAAAAAACUGCAACUAGAAGAAGGCAGCAAAGAUGGCACCGAAAAAUUCUCCCUCAGUUCUCUGUGGAGUCAGAUCGCUCCACUCUUCAAGAAACCGCUACUGACUCGAACUCUACUCCUGUAUUACUUGACAUUUGUCGUUUACAUAGCAAACAACAGCUUUGCGAUAAUUUUGCCGACAAUUUUCAACGUUUUCUUCACGUCGUACGCCAGCAGUAAGGAUAGUCAGGGCUUCUGCGAUCUCUUCCUGGCCACUUCUAACACAACUGAAGUCCAAGCUGAAGAAUCAGCCGUCUGCAAAGACGCCAUCGAAGACAACACAAUUUGGGCAGGCUGUGCGCAUGGCUUGUCGUUUUUCAUUCUAAACGCACUCAUCUCUCAAUGCGCGGGAAAACGCAAAAUUUUAACCGUCGUGAUUUUAAUAGUAGCAGCGGGUGCGGCUAUUCUAGUAAAUAACACUGGGGAACCCCUCUCUGGACUAAUCUUUUUCUACAUCUUCCUGACUACUGCCAUGGUGUUUGGAGUGAUUUCGUCCUACUUCGUCACGUUAUAUCCCACGUCAUACAGAGGCAUGGUAGCCUGCCUAGGCAUGAUGGUGGCCAGACUGAGCGCAUUUGCCGGCACCAACGUCGUCAGCGCGAUGCUGUCGCACAGCUGUGGGACAGCUCUGUACGGCGCUGCUGGCCUGGUACUCAGCGGAGCAGUUGCCGCGUUGCUGCUGCCUUCUGACUGCGACAACCUGGAAUAGUUGGCCUCCGAUUUUAUUUUGAACUACUUUACACUAAAACAGUUUUUUUAUAUGCAGUUACAUAUUAUCGUAAAAUGAGACAUCAUAUUAUUAUAACUGCUUUAUGAAUUACUGUAUACAUCUUUCAGUAUUCGCCUUGGGUCUUUACGUGUAGGCCUGGUAUGGUUUCAUAAAAUGAGGCCCAUUACAGAGGAGUUAGUUCACAUGUGCACGUGUGUGUAGCACUCAAGGAGAUUUCCUCAAAUGCUGUUUACACAGUGGGAUGGAAGACUGAUACUACUGAGAAAUCAGGCGUUUGACCAACUUUUUACAUGCCUCUCGGACGUCUGAAUUUUGUUUCUUGCUAGGCAAUCAGAGUUUCAUCUCCGUUCAGCCCUUGUUAAAAUCGAAAAAAUAUUUAUGGUGGUUCCGACAAUA